AUGAGUGAUAUUGCAUUCUGUGCUGCGCUUACCUGUGGGUUUGUUGGUUCAUUUUACCUCUGGCCAACUGAACGUCGAUUUGCUUUCCUAUGUCUAAAGGAUCUUAAGAAGGCAUCAGAAUAUGGACCUCAUUUUCUUGAUCGAAACGAUUCUAAUGUAGUUCGAAGGAGACUUGUAUCCCUUAUUAUUUGGAUAUGUUUAAACGUAUUAUUGCUAGAGUAUAUUUGGCGACAAAAUGAAGGAAAUAAUAAUAAUAAAAGUGUAUUAUGGGGUAGUGUUUUUUUACAUCAUUUUUUAUAUUCAGAAGGAACCUUUUUAGAGUCAAUAAAAGUUGUUUUGGGAAGUUGUUUAGCAACCUUAACGUUAUUUAGUGGUGUUAUUUAUGAAAAUGGUGGUAUAUCAUGGGACUAUAUUACAUGGGAAGAUCCCAUAUUAAAUGUAAGAAGUAUUAUAUGUCCUAUUGGAGAAGAAUUAUUAUUUCGAGCUACUUUUUUAAAAUUGUUACAAUACCGUUCAUUAUCUUUAUCUAUUAUUCUCUCCUCUGUGAUGUUCUCAUUUGCUCAUGCACAUUUCUUAUUUAAUUUUGUUACGGAUGAAUAUCGUACUGCAAUAAGCAUGGGUGAAACUGAAAUUAGUAUACAAACUUGUUGGUGGCGGGCAGUAAAAAAACUUCGUGUUCUCUUCCUUUGUGCAUUUGCGUGUGGAUUACUUUGUGGAUAUUAUUUCACAAGUGUUUGCAGAAACAAUAUAUUAGCUAUUUACCUUUCCCAUUUUCUCUGUAAUAUUAUUGGUCCUCCAGAAUUGAAUUUUUUACGAGAGAAUUCAAAGACAAAACGUCUUAGAGGUAUCAUUGCCUACGGAAGUGGAAUAAUAGGAUGGAUAACAAUUGUCUCCUUAAUGGGAAACUGGUAA